CACACACACACAGACACACACAGACACACACCGGGUGAGAGGAAGUGAGGGGAACUUGUGAACUCAUUUGUCAAACCAUUUCCGUAUUAACUCAGUGUCAGUGGAGACUCCAGGCAGAAAACCUUCAGCCUGAUAACCACUGGUACGCUGGUCUACCGCAGCUUCACCUGCCCGAUGCUCUCUACAUCUUCUCUUCAUAUUUUUACGCCACAUAUUUUGGGAACUUUUGGCUGAAAUCUCGUCCGGCUACCUCUGAAGAUUCCUCCUGAGUCGUGCCAGGCUCAGAUGCAGGCAGCGAGUGCGGAUCCAAAGGGGCCGGAGCCCGGUCUGGAAACCAGUGGCAUUCCUGCAGGCCUCAGGAGAAACCCCCCGAUCACCACGGCCCUCGGGAAGUUUGCCCAAAGUAUGGCAGAGAGCAUAAUCCAGCCGUGUGUAAGCCAACUGGAGAUGGAGGAACCUGAGGUGCCCGGGUCUAAUCAGGACCAGGAGACGUUGGGUGAGGUCGUGGUGGAGGUCGCUCUGAGGGAAGUGUGCACCGGGUGGAACCUCGAGCGUUUCCACAGAUCAGGCGGCGCCACGAUGGAUGAUCACCAGGCUGGAAAACUGUCUUUCUCAGAUAGAGACUUUCUGAACAUGGACCCGGAGAUGGAUCCAGUUCAAGAACUCCCGACGUUCAGAGACUUCCCACCUCUGUCCCAGUCAGGUCUCCCCAUCAUGGGAUCCCUCGACUACCCCGACGCCCCCCCGACCACCCCCCUGCUCCCCGAGCUGGAGAGGAGCCGCGACAGCUUCGCCCGGAAGCUGAAAGGCGGCCUGGCCAAGGUCUUCCUGCCCUCGCCUCCUCCGUCCACCCCGAGGGAGACGGGGGACGAUGUGGACCCCCGGGUGGAGCUCAUGGAGCAUCUGAUGCACUCGCUGUCGACACAGGAUUUGACGAGGGACCGUUUUGAGGCAGGAGCCAAGAUGGAGGCUUUCGCUGAGGCUCUUUCCUGUCGGGUCAUGGACUGGGUCUUCAGGGCCAGAAGCUCGGAGCAGAGAGCAGAUGAUGGAGAUCUUCAUCGACUGGCCCAGCGACUGGCCGACACCAUCAUGGCCUCCUCGCUGGAGGAAGCUGUCAUGUCUGUCUAGAGGGAUUCUACCCGACAGUCCCUUUAGAUUCAACCAUCUGCACCACAUCUCACACUCGUAUUGAAAUCAUCUAAAUCUGCCUGAAAAAUCAAGAUCCGUGAGUUAUUCUCAGAGAAAAUCGUUGAAUAUGUAAAAUAAAACUAAACAAAAAAGCCAAUCUCACAAUUUUUAAUAAAGAGAAACAGUUCCUGAGUUUGUGUGAAUCCGUCCGUUUGCUUUUGAGAGAUUUUAAGUAUUUGUUGUUUACUGUUCCCUCCUGAUGUUGUUGUUUUUCACAAAAUUAAGAUUUUAACUCUAUAUAUUUUGACAAGGACCCAGCCGUAGUUACCACACAUGUCCUUUAGAUGGCAGCACAACAGCAAGGUUAACCACACGACAACGGCUUAAUUCGAGCUUUUCACAAGAACAGUAACUUUCCCGAGUCCAACUGCAACAACAGAAGGAAUUUCCCCAGUAGAAGUUUGAUGGGUUUGUUUUUCCCUCCCAGUAAAUGGUGCGUCACACCACAGUAUAAUGCAGAGCAGGACUGGGAGGCAGCAGACGGAUCCAUUCACGCCUGGACGCCGCGGAAUAUUUGGCAAUUGGGAAGAAUUUGUUGGAAGAGAAAUGUAUUUUGUUACUCACUCGCUUUCUGAGGAAGAAGAUGAAGAAGAGGAAGAAGAGGAAGAAGACGAAGAAGACGAAGAAGAGGAGGAGGGAUGGUGUUGAACCAAGCGGGGGACUUGAGCCUGCGAAAAAACACAAAUCCUCUUUUCUUUAAGUCAGCAAAUAUUUGAACACAGUCAAAGACAAGU